CCACAUCACAUCACAUCAACCUUCCUCCACAACUUCAUACUCCAUCUCUAACUACCUAAUCUCCUCUCCCGUUAUCCUCAUCCCACACUUCACCUAAUACAUCCAGACAUCACGCGCCGCGCCAAUACUCUCUCUCCUCGCCGCGGCGCGCUCCACUCCCUCCCCAUCUCGACUGGAGGCCUUGGCGCCCCUUUUUCUUGGCGCCCAACCCGGUCCAAAAUGGUCGCGCUCCCGACCCUCCCGACCACCAUGGCGCGCCGGCCGCUCAUCUACGCCAUCAUCGUCGCCGCCGUGUUCAUCUUCGUGCUAGCACACGCGUGGGGCUCUGAGACCGUCGCCUCAUACGUUCCAUGGCGAGACCAGGCGCCUGAGGUAGCCUCCGAUGUCCAAAUCCUGAGCGGUGACAUGCGGCGCCGCCUCAACCAUCUCCGCUCAGAGUGCAAGCGCCCCGAUCCCUUCGAGGCGCAAUACUCGCGCGCAAAUCUUCGCAUGACGCGUGGAUAUGAGGGUUCACUGGCCCGCCUCGAACGCGUCAUCUACAAGAUUAUGCGCGGCGAAAAGGUUGCUGUGGGCAUUAUUGGCGGAAGUGUCACCGCAGGACACGGUGUGCAAGACAACGAGCGAUGGCCCCUGCUUCUACACGAGUUCUUCAAGGCCUUUUACGCACCAAAAACAGACAUUCCGGUCAUCAAUGGCGCGUCUCCGGCGACAGGCUCCGACUACUUCUCGUUCUGCUUCGCAUUGCACAUUCCCACGGACGUAGACCUUGUCAUCGUGGAACUAGGGGUCAAUGACGUCGGCGAACCCGAUAAUCUCAAUACGAUGGAGGAUCUGGUGCGCGGGCUGCUCGAUCUCGACUCCCAGCCGGCGGUUAUCAUCCUCGAGGUCCUCGGCUUCACGGGCGGUGGCAUGGGCGGCGCCGGGGGACGAUACCAUCUUCCUCUUGCGCAGUACUACGACGUCCCCUUCCUCAACCAACGUCUCCCUACCUUGGUUCACUUUGCGCGCUUCCCCGAUCUCAUGUUCCAGUACUUUGACAAAGAUGGAUGGGGCAACAGGGACUACCGGCAUACCAACGCCCGAGGCCACCGCGACGCGUCCAACAUCAUCGCGUCGCUGUUGAGGGACACUACAUGCGCGCUCGUGAGCAGCCCAGCAUUUCGACUACCCCCGCCCAAGCCCGCGAUCCAGUCAGUGCUGGAGGAAACGGGGGAGGCAUCGUACGAUGAGCAGGUCAACAAGCUAUACGAGAAUGUGCCAAGCGCGCUGGCCGCGCUUGAGGAGGGGUGGUCCGAGGAGGAGAAGACGUGGAUCAAACCGUACGAGCGUCCCUCGGACGUGGAAGAAGGGCAAGAGGGCGAGCAUAAGGCGAGCUACCGCCGCCCGGGCGUGUGGCAGCGGCGCGUCGAGCACGGCCUUGUCCCGCGCCUCGAGUUCAUGGCCGAGUGGAAUGCCAACCCUGACGUACGCCGCCCCGUAUUUCAGCCAACAUGUCUCUCCACGAAGGCCACCGAAGCGCGCUUCAACCUCACGCCAACGUUUGCCGAUGGGUGGGAGUACUGGCUGCACCCAGACCACAAUGAGAAGCCUUACGUCAUGACACGCGAGCCGGGCUCGCGGGUCACCUUUGAGAUUCCCGUGCACGCCGGCACGAUCAAGAUGUUCUAUCUUCGCAGUGAACGGAUGAGUCUCGGCAAGAUUCGCUGCUGGAUUGACGACGACGAGGCGGCGGGCAAGGAGGGAGUGCUCUUGAACGGGUACUGGAAGCGCGACUGGCUCAACAUCGGCCAAUAUACCACACUCGCGGAAAACCUGCCCGAGGGCACGCAUCGUUUAGAUAUGCCGUGUACCACCACCUGUAUGUACCAGGACAACCAUUAGAUGCACCGAUGACCAUGCGCGGGCUGUGAAGCGCGACCAUGGCCGCACUGACAAGCAUCGCGCCCAACCUUCUACAGCCACCCUCUCUCCC